GGCCGCGCGAGCCGGGCCGGGGUGACCACGGGAGCAGCGCGGCCCCGGCGACCAAGACAGUGCGUGUUGAGCCCUAACCUCGGCUCGAGAUGAAUAGUGACCAGGUCAUACUAGUGGGUCAAGUGUUUGAGUCCUAUGUUUCAGAGUACCACAAGAAUGAUAUUCUUUUGAUCUUGAAAGAAAGAGACGAAGAUGCUCACUACCCAGUUGUGGUUAACGCUAUGACCCUUUUUGAGACCAACAUGGAAAUUGGAGACUAUUUCACUGUGUUCCCCAAUGAAGUACUAACAGUUUUUGACAGUGCACUUCGAAGGUCAGCCUUGGCGAUUCUGCAGUCCCUUCCUGAGCCCGAGGGAUUUUCUAUGAAGCAGAAUCUUCAUGCCAGGAUAUCAGGUUUGCCUGUUUGUCCAGAACUGGUCAGGGAACAUAUUCCUAAAACCAAGGAUGUGGGACACUUCUUAUCUGUCACUGGGACAGUGAUCCGAACAAGUCUGGUGAAGGUUCUGGAGUUCGAGCGGGAUUACAUGUGUAACAAGUGCAAGCAUGUAUUCGUGGUGAAGGCUGACUUCGAACAGUAUUACACCUUCAGUCGGCCAUCUUCCUGUCCAAGCCUGGACAGCUGUGAUUCCUCCAAAUUCACUUGCCUUUCAGACUUGUCUUCAUCUCCAGCCAGAUGUCGGGAUUACCAGGAAAUCAAAAUUCAGGAGCAGGUGCAAAGGCUGUCUGUUGGAAGUAUCCCACGAUCUAUGAAGGUUAUUCUAGAAGAUGACCUAGUGGACAGUUGCAAAUCUGGGGAUGACCUCACCAUCUAUGGGGUUGUAAUGCAACGGUGGAAACCCUUUCAGCGAGAUGUGCGCUGUGAAGUGGAGAUUGUCCUGAAAGCCAACUAUGUCCAAGUGAAUAAUGAGCAGUCCUCAGGGAUGGUCAUGGACGAGGACACUCGAAAAGAGUUUGAAGACUUCUGGGAAUACUAUAAGAGUGACCCCUUUGCAGGAAGGAAUGAGAUACUGGCCAGCUUGUGUCCUCAAGUGUUUGGGAUGUAUCUAGUGAAGCUUGCUGUGGCCAUGGUACUGGCUGGUGGAAUUCAAAGAACUGAUGCUGCAGGAACAAGGGUUAGAGGUGAAUCUCACCUUUUAUUGGUUGGGGAUCCUGGCACAGGAAAAUCACAAUUCCUUAAAUAUGCAGCAAAGAUUACACCAAGGUCCGUUUUGACCACAGGAAUUGGAUCUACUAGUGCAGGUCUGACAGUGACAGCUGUAAAAGACUCAGGAGAAUGGAAUCUAGAAGCUGGGGCCUUGGUGCUUGCAGAUGCUGGUCUCUGCUGUAUUGACGAAUUUAACAGCCUUAAAGAACAUGACAGGACCAGCAUCCAUGAAGCAAUGGAGCAACAAACCAUAAGUGUUGCUAAGGCUGGCCUUGUUUGUAAGCUGAACACAAGGACCACCAUCCUAGCAGCAACUAACCCCAAAGGCCAAUACGACCCCCAGGAGUCUGUGUCUGUGAACAUUGCCCUUGGCAGCCCACUCUUAAGUCGAUUUGACCUCAUCUUGGUUUUGCUCGACACUAGGAAUGAAGACUGGGAUCGUAUCAUUUCUUCCUUUAUCUUAGAAAAUAAAGGUUAUCCAAGCAAAUCAGAGAAUCUGUGGAGCAUGGAGAAGAUGAAAACCUACUUCUGCCUCAUUCGGAAUCUCCACCCCACACUGUCUGAUGUGAGCAAUCAAGUACUCCUCCGAUACUACCAAAUGCAAAGGCAGAGUGAUUCCCGGAAUGCAGCCCGGACAACCAUCCGCCUGCUGGAAAGCUUGAUCCGAUUAGCAGAAGCUCAUGCUCGCCUGAUGUUCCGAAAUACCGUGACUCUGGAAGAUGCGAUCACAGUGGUGUCCGUGAUGGAAUCCUCAAUGCAGGGAGGUGCACUACUAGGAGGUGUGAAUGCUCUUCACACCUCCUUCCCUGAAAGCCCACGGGCACAGUACCGGAAGCAGUGUGAACUCAUUCUGGAAAAGCUGGAACUCCAGAGCCUCUUGCAGGAAGAACUUAGAAGACUUGAACGGUUACAGAAUGAGAGUGAACACCAAUACCAAUCACAUUCACUAGAGGUGGAGAUGGCUCCAGGUUCCUGCAAAAAUGAUCCAAGGGACAAGCCAAGGUUCAGGACUUCAACACAGCAGGAACAGGGCUGUAGCUGGAGUCCCACAGAGAAGUCUAGUGAAGAGUCCCCACCUGAUCCAGGGCUUAAUAGACCAACAAGUUGUAACCACUCAGCUGAGAACAGAGGUGGCAGAGGUGAUGGUUUAGCCUGGUUGGAACUCACAGCAAGUCCUGAGAUUGCACCAGAAAGCACUACUGUGUCUCCCAAUCUGAAAGCAACUGAGGAAAAUGAGGAUUUGAAAAUCUCCAACAAUAAAUCUCAGGGCAAGGAGAAACAUGGGCCACAGCAAAGAAGCCAGUUAUUAGAAGCUGGACAUCUUCCAUCACCAGGAGCCACGGAUGCUCUCUCCCAGUCUCACAGUGCUGAGAGUACAAAGGCAAGACAGGCAGCACUUGUAUCUGAAGCAGGAUGGGAUGGUGAACAAGACUCUGGACUGACUCAUGUGCCCCACAGACUCCCCGAGCUGCAGAAGGAGGGGUCCCAGAGCUUGUGCAGAAGCACAACCAGAGUGCGAUCACUGCCACCCACGGUCCCUCUUUCCCUGUCCAUCCCUUCACCUGGGCCAGAAAAAAGAACAAGAACACCCAAAAGAAAGAGACAGAAGUCUGCUCAGGUGGAAGAGCCUGAACAGGAAGGUACUGAGACUAUGACUACUCCAGUAAGAAAGCUGGCCAAAUUCACAUUUAAACAGAAGACAAAACUGACCCACUGCCCUGAAGGCCAAGGUCCCAUGCCCCCCAGUGCUAGUAAAAUAGCAGUUGACAGUUCUAAGAUUCCCCAACAAAGGACAAGAAGAGAAGCGGCUGUGCCUGUGGCAGUGCCAGGAAAGUUGCCAUCCACUUCAGGAGACAGAUGCUCUGACCAGCUGCAGGGAAAGACAAAGGAGCUCUCACGGCAGCCACCAGAGAGAAAUCCACCAAGAGAAGAGAGGGAGCAGGGCCCCAAAAGAAGGGUUGUUCAGCCCAAACUGGAGCCUGGGAACCAGGCUGGGCAUUCGCAUCUAGCCUGUGAGAAAGACAGAGAGGAAGGAGUUUCUCGUGGUAAUAAAAGCAGCAAGGUUCAUGCUGGCACGAUAGCCAGACUGGCAAACUUCUCUUUCACUUCCCCAUCAGAAUCCAAAUCAGAGUCCCUCCCUCCUAAAAGGAAGGACAGCAGGGACAGGAGCCAUAGCCCUCCCAUGACGACAGCUCCGGUGCUCGGCCGGCAAAGGCAGUCUUUCCAGUUGCAGCAGCCCACUGAGAGAGCAAAUCGUUCCACCUUCUCCCUCUUCACUCUAUCAGAGCUAGAUGACGAGGCAUUAGAUUUUGACUGGGAUGAAGAGAUGAGAAAAAAGCCCUGAUUGUGAAAAGCUUUCUGGUCAGAAUUGUCUUCCCCAGCCCAACCAAGUGCCUUCAAAGUAUACAAGUAUACAAGUGGUUACAGGUGUGGACACGGUGUGUAUUAUGUGGCCAUGCAGAAGCCCAACUCCCUUGUCAGGUUCAUCUUCGUGACUUCAAAUGCUGAAUAAUUAAUUUCAGUCGGUGUGAUAUCAGCACUUGGGAUGAAGGAAUUAAUGCUUCAUUUUACAAAGAUGACUUGCCGUCAAGGGCAUUCCUAGGUUUCACUUGGCUUUUGUUUUCGUGUUUUGUUUUUUGUUUUUGGUUGGUUGGUUGGUUGGUUUAGUUCAUUUUGUUGUAUUGGUUUUGUUUUGGGAUUUGGUUUGGUUUUCAAUAGAGGAGUUUUGUUCUAAGUUUCUCUCUCACUCAUCCAGACCAAAUGGCAGGAUGGUGGCACUCAUAAAUCUAACAAGGCAGCUGAGUGCUUUCUGUCCUGCUUUGCAUUUCCUACCCAGUGCGUACUGAAUUCAGUAUUUAUUAACAUUUGGAAUGACUUGCUGAAAUCAUGUGGUUUUCUCAUACCUCUGUGUUAAUUCUCACGCAUCAAAUUAAAAGGGCCUGGUGGUUUUCUGUCUUCGAGAUGCAUGCUUUCAUUGCACAGCAUCCUCAGGGAAGCCACAAGGUAGCUUUCAGAAGCCCUGAUCCUUGGGCUUGGUCUUUUCCUCUUGAGCCAGCAUGCCCUGUCUUUGAUUCCUAUUUGCUCUCAGAGCUUACCUUCAAUACAACUUGAAGCAUGUGGUUAGAGGAGGAGUGAGGUCCAGAAGGCCAGCUGUAGCCCUGUCACAUCGGCAUCAGUGUGGAAAUGUGAUCCAUGAUAGCUUCUCAUCUAGUUAUAGUCAUUUUAUAAAACCAAGAAAAUGUGGAUUGGGAUAUGGCUCAGGAGUAGAAUGUAUAUGUAGCACGUAUGAAGCCCUGGAGUAAAUCCCCUACACUGCAAAUACUAAAUACAUAAAGUAAUAAUAAAAUAAAACCAAAGAAGUUUCCAUGUCUGGUGGGAAUAGAUGA